CAUAAAACUUUCUGAUCUUGAGAGAUUGGAAGAAGAGAAGAAACUUCGCGAAGAGGAAAUCAAACGUCGUGAAAUUGAACGUAAAAAACGUCAUGAAGAAAUGUCUAAGGAUCCAAAGAAAUCAUUUUUCGAAUUAUCGCAUGCAAGUACAUAUGGUGGAACAAUUGGUUCACCAGAAAGGGUGGAGAAAUCUAAGAAAACCAGCGACAGGCAUGUAGAAGAGAAACAACGUACUUAUAAGACAACAUCAGAGAAACGGCGUAAAGAAGAUAAUACUGAUCAAAGCGUUUCAUCAAAACGCAGAAAGUCCGUGGAUAUGAAUGCACUCGAUUAUGAGCAACAGUCAGAGAGUGAAAAUGAUACUCAACAGUCGUUAUUAGUAGCUGAUAAAAAUGUGAAAGAAAAAGAGAAAUUAUCGCAACGUGAAAUGGAAAAAGCUUUAGACAAAGAAAUUAAAAAAGUAACUGAAAAAAUUGCUGAACACGAAAAAUUACAAAAAAGUGAGGAACGUUCGCGAAAUCGUGGUCGAUCUAAGACUCGUUCACGUUCUCGUUCUCGUACACGUUCACGUACACGUUCUCGUUCACGUUCACGCUCGCGUUCGCGAUCUCGCUCAUAUCGACGACGCUCACCCAUACGUGAUAGACGUGAUCGCUAUCCAAUGAGAAAUCAAAGUUUCAGAUCACCUCCACGACGUAAUUUUCGUGGCAGGCGUGGCGGUAACCCAUUUAUGGAUCGACGUAGGAGGUCUCGUUCAGCUGACAGAUAUAGAAACCGUUAUCCUCUUUCACCAAUUCGUAGACGUUCUUCUGUGGAUAGAAGGCGAUCCCGUGAUCGCAAUCGCAAAAGAUCAGCUUCAUUAUCAAAAUCGAGAUCACGCACUCGUUCUCCUCGUCGCGAUUCUGGUCGUUCGAGGUUUGAUCAAACAAGUCGUCGUAGCAAGGAACGAAGUAGGGAACGUGGUAGCGCUUCAAGAUCUAGUCGCCAAAAAAGAGGUCGUUCAAACUCUCGAUCACCACGGCGUACCGUGUCUGAUGAUAGAAAUCGUAAAUCAACUGAUAAGUCAUCGCCAAAGAAAAAUAGUAUACCACCAUCAACGUCUUCAAAUGUGGAAGAUAAGGAUAAGAACGCAAAAGAAAAAAUGCAAAAACGUGCUGAAGCCUUACAGAUGUUUAAAGAUCACAUGCGUAAAGAAAUUGCAAAAGAGGAAGAAAAACGAGCCGAAAAGCAAAGACAAGAUGACAUGGAGAAAGAGAAAACUGCACGCGAACUUGAAGAAUUGGAGCGUCUAAAGAAGGAAACACUGCUCAAGCUUGAAGAACAUGAAAAAUCAAAUAAAUCAGAUACGAAAAGCAAUACAGAUAAUCAAAAUGACAUGAAGAAGAAACACAAGAGGUCUAAACAUAAUGAACACUCCGGCUCUGAUACUGAAUAAAUUUAAAUAAUUAUUUUGAAUGUCAUCAGUACUUGUCUAUGUAGUCAUUAAUUUCGAAAAAUAAUUUUGAAGUAAAUUAUUAAAUAUUUGUUGGAAUUC